AUGCAUGCUCAAGUGGGUGAUCUUUGCUUCACCUCGGAUGGUAUUGCCCGUCAGGGUGUACUUCUCAGGCAUCUUGUCAUGCCGGGCCAUGAAGAGGAAGGCAAGCACAUCAUGCGCUGGCUGGCAGAGAACGUGAGCAAGCAUCUUUACGUGCAUGUCAUGGAGCAGUAUCACCCAAGGGCCCAUGUGGGUAAGCCCAGAAGGACAAGUGGGCGCGCUCAAGAUCUCGCAUCGCAGACUGUCAAACCCGGCAGCCUCCCCGCCGGUAGCGAGGCCAAGACGGAGGUCAGAUAUGAGGAUAUUAACAGAGUUGUCAGUCUGGAAGAAGUGGAAACUGUCAAAAAAGUUGCAACCCGAUGCGGCUUACGCGUUUUGGAGGCGGACGAGGCGUCUGAGAAUUCUGCGUGGCGGCUUUGA